ACCCUUAUAGUAAUUUCUCCCAAGCCGCAGAAAGAAUGAUCCUCACGCUUCCCAUAUGUGCCAGCGUUAGUAACAAUGGGCUGUGUGCCUAUCCAAUUGUUCUCUGUACAGUACAUAAAAUACAUAAAAAAUACCUAGCUGACAGCAGUGUAAUGCUAAGAGUUAAACCGCAUUCCCAAGGUAAAGAGUGCAAAAUGAGUCUACAGUCUGCCUCUGUGAAACUUAUUUAUCUGCAAUGGUUGGAUCUUUGGUGUCAAAACUUUGAAGAUUAAUGGAUUAGUUUGUUAAUGACUUAAGGCGUCAGAAUUUGGUUCUUUAAUGAUUUGUGGGGUGAAAAAGGCUGCCUGACACUCUGAGACAAUGCAGGGAGAGUGGGAGGGCUGGAGCUACAGGCUCAGGCAGUUGAAAAAUAAAGGAGAUAAAAUAUAUUAAAAAUGUAUAUUGUGGAGAUUUUCUAUAUUAAUAGAAUAAAGUGUAAAUAAAAGCCUUGCUGGUUAUAAUGAGGCGUUCCUUCUUGACUUUUUGGAUCAAUCACACAGACAGUGGCUUCUUUUGAUUAAACCCCAAAUUGUCAUUGGACAGGAGCAAUCAUGUGACAGCCAAUUCGGUCCAAUUUCAACCUUGUCUCCAUGAAUUCAAUAGUUUAAUAGUAGCACAGUCCCCAUACGGCUGUAAUCAGUGAAUUAGAAAAAAAAAACACUAGCAAAGGAUUUUUAUGAUUUUUUUUCUCUCUGGUAGUUACAGGGCCUUUAAACCUAAAAGUAGGGGCUAACUUUUUAAAAGGCUUUGAGCUGAGGGCCAUGAAUUACGAAUUUGAGCGAGAGAUUGGUUUUAUCAAUAGUCAGCCGUCGCUUGCUGAGUGCCUGACAUCCUUUCCCCCUGUCGGUGAUACAUUUCAAAGUUCAUCAAUCAAGAGCUCGACGCUUUCACAGUCGACACUUAUUCCUCCUCCUUUUGAGCAUACCAUCCCCAGCUUGAAUCCAAGCAGCCACCCUCGCCACAACCGACCAAAACAGAGCCCCAAUGGCAACAGCAGCAGCAGCAGCCCAGUGCCAGCCGGCUCCCUGCCUCCGGAGUACCCCUGGAUGAAAGAAAAAAAAGCCUCCAAGAAACCCCCUCUGCCUCCAGCCACCUCUACCCCAACCACCGCAGCCUGCCUCAGCCACCACAAAGAAAUUAUAGAAUUCCAGGAUAACAGCAGUGGGUCCAGGCGUUUAAGGACUGCUUAUACCAAUACACAGCUACUGGAGCUGGAGAAAGAAUUUCAUUUCAACAAGUAUCUGUGUAGACCCAGGAGAGUGGAAAUUGCAGCAUUACUGGACCUAACAGAGAGACAAGUAAAAGUCUGGUUCCAGAAUAGGAGAAUGAAGCACAAGAGACAGAACCAAUGUAAAGAGAACCAGAAUGGGGAUGGGAAAUUUAAAAAUCUAGAUGACUCUGAGAAAAGUGAAGAUGACAAAGAAAAAUCCCUGUUUGAACAAGCCCUGAACAGUGUUUCUGGUGCACUACUGGAGAGGGACAGCUACAGUUUUCAACAAAAUGCUCUAUCACAACAACAGACUCAAAAUACACACAAUGGAGAAUCUCAAAGUUUCCCAGUAUCGCCUUUAUCAAGCAAUGACAAAAAUCUUAGACAUUUUCAGCACCAGUCGCCCAACUGCUUGUCAACAAUGAGUCAGGAUUGUGCAGCUGGCCUGAACAAUGAUAGUCCUGAGGCCCUUGAUGUGGCUUCUUUAACUGACUUUAAUGUUUUCUCUGCUGACUCCUGCUUACAGCUUUCUGAUGCAGUUUCCCCCAGUUUACCAGGAUCUCUGGACAGUCCUGUAGAUAUUUCUGCAGACAGUUUUGAUUUUUUUACAGAUACUUUUACCACAAUUGACUUGCAACAUCUCAGCUACUGAGGCAACAAAUAUAUUUUGCUGUUUUGUCUCAUCUCUGGUUUGAGCAGCACCCGGGAUCCAUUUCAGUAACUAAUAUUUUAAAUUUUAUCUGUUCGAAAAGACAAUUAAAAGCAAUAACUGAGGCCUCUAAGAAAGUGACAAAUGUAUUUCACUUUCUCUUUAUUUUUGUAUUACAUUAGAAUGCGUUGUGAAAUAAGUAUUUUUGGUAGAAUAAAUUACUAUUUCUCUUUUUUUUUA